UGUCCCUCAUUCCUUAUGCAGGCAUCAUGGCUACUGAUUUCAAGCGUCAUCUCAUCUACCAGUUGUUCCUGAUAUUCACCGCUACCAGUUAUUUUCCAGGAGUCAUCAGUUUAGAGCAAAACUGGCCUUCUUUUCACGGAACAUUUAAAGUGCAUCAGUUUUCAAGGGAAGAGUUCCAUUAUCUGAAUGUCACUCGAGUUGGAAUAUUCACCUACUACGACCUGUUAGAUUGCAUAUUUGAAUGUGUCAGAAAUACUUUGUGCCUAUCGAUAAACGUGGCCGCCUUUGAAGGAGCAGAUGGAAAGCUUUGGUGCGAAUUGUUGUCUUCUGAUAAGUACAGAAACGCCGAGAAUUUCAAAGAAAACAUAAGUUGGCAUCAUUUCUCUAUAAUGUCUCCAUGUGCUUCCCAUCCAUGCAAAAAUGGAGGAACCUGCAUCCCGAAUUACAUGAACAAUUGUUACAAUUGUCUCUGUGGAGAAAGUUUCUUGGGGAACAAUUGCGAGAGAGUCCCUUGCAAGUUUGAUUUCGAAAAUGGAAUCGACGAUUGGAAGAAGACUGGUACAGCGUUUGAUAAUCAGCCGACAUAUGGCGAUAAUCCUACGGCUCGUAACAGAGGACCAUCCAAUCAUCAGGGAGAUUGGUGGAUUGGAGGAGCAGAGCACCGACCUAACAUAUCCUCAGCAGCAGGAUUAUUGCAACCAGUAGGACCAGACGUGCCGCAGGGAACCCUUACCUCCCCAACUUUCAAUGUCAUUGGACAAACGAUCUCAUUUCUUAUUGGCGGAGGUUGUGAUGCAAAUGUUGUUCGUGCUGAAUUGAUUGUUGGUGGCCAGGCUGUGAGGAAUGAAACCGGCCAGUGUAAUGAGACAAUGACCCGAAAGGAGUGGAAUGUCAAAGAGUUUAUUGGUCAGAGUGCUCAACUUCGUCUGGUUGACUCAAGCUCUGAUGGUUGGGCUCACAUCAAUUUUGACGAUCUGAAAGGAGAGAUAAGCUGUUCAGUCUGAGAGACUGGCAACUCGGCUUUAAUCGUAGUCUUUUGAUUGCCUUUGAUCGAUCCUCAGCUGUGGUUACUCGACACCUGAGAAUAAGAGUAUUAAUAGCAGCUCUAAUCUAUUAGCUUAACCCUAUACACCUCAACAUUAAUAAACAUUUUCUGCACACUGUUGUCUACAUAUUUCCUGAUGUGCUGACAAGGAGAACUCAUUUAAUAAUCAAGAACUUCUCCAGUUGAUGAUCAUGUUUUUUGGUAACAAUGAAAUAAUAUAUGUAGGAAUAAAAAUAGCAACAACGGCGAAGACAACGACAACAGUAACAAUAGUGACAUGAGAAUAACAUCAAUGAUAAUUGCAAUAAUAAUAUACAUCGUAACACAUUUCAACUAAAUUUUUCCGCCUCGUUGAUGGCAAUCUUAUCCGGUCUGAAUAACACCUUUUUAGGGGCAGUUCUAGAUUCCUUCUAAUUUACCGAGCUUAAGGCGAAAAGAAAAAACCGUUUGAUUUUUCAAGUCGCAAAAAAUAAUUAAAUGAAUGGAUAAAUAAACUUAGCAUGCCAUGACGUAUCUUCUUUCAAACUUACACAUUCCUAUGAAAAUUUCUCAUUUUCUUUGCGUUCGCCUGAACCGCCAAGAGUGUUUUAGUUGGGUCGGCAAUUGGUCAUAAAGUCAACACAAAAAUAGGUACUCCAUUCUCCACUGAUUGUGCAUCACACUAUAAUAUUGCAGGUCUCUUUACUAG